UUAAAUAGGGCACAACGGAAAGAUAGAAAUCAGUCGAGAGCCAGCAGAGAAACUAGCAUCACCGGAUAGUGAUCAGCAGUCGACAAACUACGAACAAGCAGCAUGUCUUACAGACAUAACUCAAGCAGACGCCAAGGAGGUUUUAAUGGUCCUCCUCAACAUCAGAAUGGAGCUUCCGACUUCACAGGGAUGCAGCAAUCCCUGGACGCCUCCAUCCGUCGGAUUAAAGAGCUGCUCAGUGAAAAGCGGCGAUUCCUUCAGCAAGCUGACGCCGACAGCUAUCGGAUCAGCCAGCUAGAGUUCCUUCUGGAAAAAAGUCAGAAGAGAUGUCAAGAGCUGGAGACAGAUAAAGUCCAGAACAACGAGCAGCUGCUGAAGGAGGACGACUCUUCCAGCAGCGAGUCCAUGUCAUGGGGAGACAUCAUGGACUACAACGAUGAGAUAAAGCAGAAAGACGAGGAGAUCCUCAGACUUUCUGAGCUGCUGAAGGAGAAUGGAAAAGUCCAGACAGAAGACCUCGGAGCUGAGACUGAAACGCUGAGACAGCAGAAUAAAAAGCUUCAGGAGGAAAAUGCAAUGCUGAAGAAAGAGAAGCUCGAUCUGGAGCUGCAAAUGAAGAGCAUGCACGCUAACAAAAUGCUCACAGAGACCAGACUCAGAGAGCAAAACAACAAACUGGAGAAGCAGAACGAGAAGCUGCAGACAGCAAAUAAAGAGCUGCAGGACACCAACAAGAAGCUGGUUCUGAGCGAAACUGUGAUUGAACACAGACUAACCCUACUGAGAGAGGAGAAGCAGCACCAGGAACUGCAGAAAGACAAUCAGCUCAGCAUCCUCCAGAAGCAAAAAGAGGAGAUGGAAGUAAAAAACAGAGUCAUGAAGGAGAACAUGGAGCAGGCUUUAGCAAAAGUGAGAGAGGAGCAGCAGCUGCAAGACCAAAAGAAAGUUCAAGAAAUCCAGAGGCUGAACCACGUCAACAACUCUCUGUCUGUGACGGUCUCCACCAUCCAAGAUCAGAUGCUGCUUCAGGAGACCCAACACCAGCAGAGAGAGGAAGAGUGGAAGAAUCAGCUCAAGCAUCUGGAGAAGCUUAGAGAGGAGAUGGAAUGUGAAAAGCGAGACUUGGAGGAAACAAUUGAACAGUUUCUUGAGAAAGAGGAAGAAAACGCCAAAGAAGAAGAAAAAAAGAAGAAGAAAUAUCCCUUUUGGCGCCGUUUUUUCCCAAAGAAAAAACACGGGUUGAAGGUGAAUGAGGCUGCUGGAUGUUCGAUCUAGCUUUAUCUGCCCGACCCCUUCUCCUCAUCUUCCUCCCUCCAACCUCCCUCCAUCCACUCUCACCCCUUUGAGAGUGAAAAAAUUAAAUAAAAAAACAAACAAAAACUUUUAUUCACGUGUGGAUGACGUUACAUCCUUGAAGAAUGUCACAUUUCAUGAUUUUCAGGUCUUGGAAAUUUCUCAAAAUGAGCUGAAUUGAAAUUAUUUUCAGGUGAUGCAGCCUUUAAAUGAUCAAAUGAUCAAUCUGAGGUGAUUUUUUCACAUUUUAUUCCUUUUAUAAAGCUCAACAGGUUGAAAUCUCAGACUUUUUUUUACAACUUCUAAUAUUGUGUUUAGUGUGUAGCAGCUGUAUUUUAUGUUGCUAUUUCCUUCUAAAGGACAUUUUCUUGUGUUCAUCCUCUGACUUAAGCUUUUCAGUAACCUUUACACAGAGUGCUUUGUGAAGCUCUACUGUUUUGAUGGUAUAGUUAUAUGAAGGAUUCUUCUAAAUACAGGUAUCUUUAUACUACGAUCACUGAGACACAUUUACUGAACUCAGAUGAUCUUAAUUUCACUAAUUGUGUGACUUUUAGCACCAACUGGCUGCACGUGAGUUGAAUUUGUCACUUUAAAGUGGUGAGUACUUAUGCAAUCACUUAUUUUAUAUGUCUAAUUCAUUUAUAUUAUUCUGUAGAAGUAGACUCCCAGCCUGCAGAAGAGGAAUAUUUCAGCACUGGAACCAUCUUCAAACCGAGGCAGGAUAGUUUGGAGAUGUGAUGAUUGAUGCAGCAUCAUGUGAAUGCUUUUAUUUCCAGGUGAGCAGAGAGAUUGUGGAGCUGCUGAACACCAGCACUGCCAAGGAGCAGUCCAUCGUGGAAAAGUUCCAUCCUCGUGGUCGAGCUCAGGUUCAAGAGUUCUGCAAUCACAGGACCAAGGAGGAGUGUGUUCGCUCUGGACACACACCUCAGCCAUGCACCAAGUUACACUUCUGGUAAGUACUUGCUUUAAAACUGUUUUAGCCUGUAUUCCUCUCACCUGACAUGAUGAAAUCAGUCUGUAAGACACUAUAUACCAGAUACCUCAGAGAGCACUGAGCUGAUUUGAACUUGGUUUGGUUUUAUUCUGCUACAAACAACUGACAGACAAAAGUGUAACCAACCAUUUUUGCGAGAGAUUAUAAAACAUCAACAUGUUAGCUGGAGAUAUAGAGAUAUAAAAAACACAACACAGACAAGGAGCUAUG